ACAGUAUUGAUGUAGAUAAACAGUGGGACAAUCUAAUAAUACAUACGUUCAAUGUACUAUGCUUUAAGGUUUCGCUAUAUAUUAUUAGCUGUAUCAUUCCUCCAAGUACCCAGUAUCUAGCAAGUGUUAGAAGAACAGAAACAGAAUCUCAUCUCGUUUCUUCAUUUUGGACUUCAAAAAUGGAUUCAGACUUUAGGUUUAAAGCUCCUCCACCUCAAGUACCUACAGAACCAAUGGAUUUUCUUUCUCGCGAUUACUGCAACUCAAAAGCAGUUCAAAUUUUCCAACCAGAUGUUCAAGAUCGGGCACUAGUUCUUCAAAAUCAUUCAAUGAGAACUUUUACGGAUGACGUAAAACCUCCGCAUAUGGAUGAUGGAGAUUUCAAGUCUUUACCACCAUGGAAAUCAUCCAACGAUGUCAAGUCCUGGAUAUCGCUACAGCAGGCUAUGCAUCCUGAAAUCAAUUACAACAGAAAGAAAUGGUUUUCGUGGAAAGUGAUCCCGUUAAAGAAUCUAUCGAUUAAGAAAUGGGUGAAAGAGAUAAAGCAAAAAAGAAAAAAAGAAGACAGAUUACAGAGAGCUGAAGUUCAUGCAGCUAUAUCAGUUGCAGGUGUAGCCGCAGCACUAGCCGCUAUUGCUGCAGAAAAUAUGAAUAAACAAGGUAAUCAUCAUCAAGCAAACAACAACAACACAGGGAAGGAAUCUGCCAUUGCUUCAGCAGCCGCCUUGGUUGCGGCCCAAUGUGCACAAAUGGCAGAAGCUAUGGGAGCUAAGAGAGAUCAACUUAGCAAUGUGUUGGGAUCAGCAAUGAGCACUGCUAACGCUACAGACAUCUUGACACUGACAGCUGCAGCUGCAACAUCAUUAAGAGGAGCAGACACACUAAGAGGACGACCUGGUCGUAGCGAAAGAUUGACUGGAGGCAAACCCAUACUUGCAAUCGAGGAUAACAAGGAUGAUACUGACUGUGACUUUAACUUUGAAAAGUUUAGAUCAGUGCUUUCAAAGGGAUCUAACCUGAGCGUCGAAUCAUCAGAUGGAAAGUUCAAAUAUAGGUCAGUCUCUAUCGUCCUCGACAAUGAAUCCAAGGUCAUUCUCAAAACCAGGAAGGCCAAUAUGCUAUCUGCCUUUGUGACCACAAAAGAAAGUGUUGUCCUAGAUUUACAUGCUGAGCUAUAUCAAGAAUCAUUGACGGAAGAAUGUGAUACAUGCUAUUACAUAGUGUUGACUACGAGUAAAGGAACAAUUAAACUGGAUAUGGAAAAUGACUAUGAACGUUAUAGCAUGUGGGCCAUGACUACAACUUAUAUGCUGCGGCUCUCAACUACAUUUACUGGAUAUGACCUGCAAUCCUGUAGAAGUUGAGAAAAGUUUAUCAUUUUUUCCAUGUAUGUUUCUCUAUGAAACAUCUGUAUCGUUAUUGAAACACAGAAACUGGCUUUUGAUUUCCUUUUUCAAUAUCAGACCUUUUUAUAGUGCUUA